AUGACACUAUUGUUGACCGAUACAAAAGCCAUAUUGCGAGCAGUCGACAGCGCCACGGGAGAAUUGGGCUUUUGUCGUAACCGCGUCUGGGCGAUCGCUAAGAGCCUUCCAGGGGGUCCAGGAAGAUUCCCGGAAUUACUCCCUGCGCUGAAUAUUCCACUUCCCGAGAUAAAGACGGAAGAUCACCAGCUUUUUACGUUCGACUUCUGCGAGCAAUCUCGAGUCAAUUUCACUCUGGUGACACAGCGUCACGAACCACCUUGUAAAGGAGACCGUUGUGGCUCUGUAAACUUCCCUUCAAAUAUGGUGGAAGAAGCUAUCCGUGAUGGGCAGCCAGUCAUAGCAUGGAAUAUUGAGUGCGAUCUUGGAAAACCAAAAAUUCUUCAACCCAACGAGCGCUAUAUGGCAAUAUCCCAUGUAUGGUCGGACGGUACCGGCACUGGCGCUGGAAGUCAAGCCCGCGGUGAUGUGAACACAUGUUUAGUGAAUUUCUUCCGCAAAUUUGCUAGAGAUUUCAAAUGCAAGGGUCUAUGGUGGGAUACAAUCUGUAUUCCAACAAAGAAAGAUCUUCGUGAAAAAGUUCUAAAGCGUAUAAAUCUCAACUAUAAGUCAGCGGCGGUGACACUGGUCCAUGAUUGCUUUCUCAGAGAGUGCGAAUGGCGCGAUGCAGACCUAGCAUGUUUUCACGUUAUCAUGUCUCCUUGGUUUAGCCGAGGCUGGACAGCGUUAGAGUUGAAGAUGUCCCAGAAAGUUCAAAUAAUUUUUAAAGGUCCUAAUGGUCUAAUCACAAAAGACCUUGACAGAGACAUAUUACAAGCAAAGGGCAAUACUGCUAAAAUUGCGAGGGGCAUGCUUAGAAGGCUUCGGAUAGGAAGAAUUGCCGAAUUAGAUCUACUUUUGGCUGUUCUUGGUUCACGCCACACAUCUUGGCCAAGAGAUAUGGCGAUUAUUUCAGGACUCAUGAUUGAAAUUGAGCUACCAGAAGACUACGCCCAUCAGAAGAUCUAUCAGGAGAUUCUACAGGCACUUGGCAAAAUAUCACAAGCACAUCUGUUCCACAAUUCAGGGACUAUGGCAGGUGGAUACAACUGGUGCCCUACAGAUAUCUAUGACCUACCUACUACACUUUCAUCACGAACACUCAAGAUUGAAUGGAAUGGGAAUUUGCUUGGCGAGUGGAACAUCUCGUCUCUUGAUAACAUCAGCGAUGAAAGAGUCAUUUUAGGCCAUGCUCGCCCACUGAUAGAAGGAAAGGUUCGGCUCGCUCUAAACGAGAAAGACCGACAUAUCUUACUCAUUGAAGAGCAGAGCUCCACUCUUCGCGAGAUAGGCAGAGGCCUUCUGGUUAAGCCUCUAGUCAGGCGUACUGAAUCUCAUCUUGAUUGUUAUUGUUAUUGUGAUUGUAUCGGUCCAGUUUACCUUCAUCCGCCAUUGACCGAAUCAAAGCCCACAUUUUUCGACUAUACGGUAUUCACGAUUCACGUUGGACAAGAUGAGGUUCACAACAGAGGCCACCAAGGCGCUGAAAAUAGACAGACUGCCAAGAGCAUGAUUGAGGAAAUGAAGAAUAACAGUUUACUCAACCCACGAUUCCGCAAACGGGAGGAGUUUAUGAAAGCUGCUACCGAUGGCGAUUAUGAAACAACAAAAAAGCUGCUGGAGGUGGUACCCGAUCCUACUGGAACUGAUCCUACUGGAAUUGAUCAAUCUCGGUCUACUGCAUUGAAUCUGCUUGCCAAAGGGUUUACUCCUCAACAGAAAAAUGCCAGAGAAGAGGAACCACUUCACCUCGCAUCAGAGCGGGGUAACGAAGAACUGGUUUGCCUGCUGGUCCGUCAUUCUACUCCCAACUUGAAACAAAAAGAUGGAUUGACUGCCCUGCAUCUAGCAGCGAAGCAAGGAUUCACUGGAAUUGGGAAUACAAUUUUAAGAGUGGAAUGGGACAUCAACGCUGUUGAUUCUACAAGGCAUACUGCGCUACAUAUGGCAUCUUAUUGGGGCCAUUAUGAUGUUGUAGAUACUCUCAUCAAGCAAAAGGCCGAUCAAGGCCUGAAAGACGACAAAGGGAUAACUGCUUUUUCUCUAGCAGUGUUUCAAGGCCACGAAGGAAUUGCAAAAUUACUCAGAAAUGACAGAACAGAUCCGAAUUUCCACGAGGAUGAUCUUAGUAUGCUCCGCAAAGCAAUCAUUUUCAAUAACUAG